UGUACACAAAGUACGUUUUCGCUCCAUAAGAUGCACAUAGGUUUUAGAGGAAGAAAACAAGAAAAAAAAUAUUCUGAACCAAUGGACUGCAGACAUAGUACAGGAAUUGACCAGAGACUGCAGACAGUACAGGAGAUGACCAGAGACUGCGGACACAGUACAAGGGAUGACCAGAGACCGCGGACACAGUACAGGAGAUGACCAGAGACUGCGGCCAUAGUACAGGACAUGACCAGAGACCGCGGCCACGGUACAGGACAUGACCAGAGACCGCGGCCACGGUACAGGACAUGACCAGAGACCGCGGCCACGGUACAGGACAUGACCAGAGACCGCGGCCACGGUACAGGACAUGACCAGAGACCGCGGCCACGGUACAGGACAUGACCAGAGACCGCGGCCA